AGAAACCCUAGUUCAGUCUUCACCUUCGACUUCGAGGCUUCGACUUCCAGCUCGGUGACUCAGUCAAUCUUCAUCUUCGAGCUCCUUCCCACCCCUUCGAGGCUUCGAUUUCCAGCUUGGUGACUCGCAAUCGGACGACCGGUGCUCCACCCACAAGGUCGUGAAGUCGCAGUGCAAGACCGCGGAGGUCGAGCCCGGGAAAUUCAUCAGGAAGUGCGAGAGGACGGAGGAGAUCUUCCAGAGCUGCAUCGGAAACUCUUGCAUAAUGAUGGGCAUAUCAGAAAGAUGUUGAUUCCAUUCGUUUGGAUGAAAAGUUUAGUUCUUUAGGUGCUGCGAGGCUAUCUGUGUAUCAGUUCUAUGAGCUCCAGCUAUCCGUGUAUCAGUUCCGAGUGGAGAUGCAGUGUGGCUGUGGGGAAUGUCUGUGGUGUGCGAGGUGUGGUUCGCGUUCUCGUGGAUCCUGGAUCAGGUCCCAGAGAUCUGCCCAGUUAAUCGAGCAACUGACCUUCAGGCCCUCCAUGACAAGUUUUACUGUAUAGCCUUGACUAUGUUUAUUCGAGACAUACUGGGUGGUACAUGAUAUUUAAUUUUGAGUACUCAGGAGGCAGUUCAGCUUCUUAAGGAUGGGAUUGACCUAAUAACGGAUUCAGAUAAAGCGCUCACAAACUUUACUGUCAUAUCCAUUGCAUGCCACGCUGACCAAGUAAUUCCAGAAGCUUAAGAUAAAUCCUCUCACUUAAGAUGCUGAGGCAUACCAGCCAAUGAAAAAAAGAUGUCCCAAGCCCUGCCCCCCCUCUAUUUUUUCUGGAUUGUGGAGCAUAUGGUCUUUUGCUUUCUUGACUGCCUCCUUUUUCUUGAUAGUCGCUCAAAUGGUCCAAUAGGAGGUGGUGGCUAUUGUAAGAGAAGACUUCGUAACACAAUGUUUAGACCCUCUUCAGUGUCUUGUUAGUUCUAACCAAUUUUACCUUUGUUAUAUCAAUUCUUUGUUGUCAUCAGCUUUGAAGGUAAAAGUAUGUUAGAAGACAAGUUUUCUGAGGUUUCAGCUAGCCUCUUAUCUGCAUACGACAGUGGUGAGCUACUCGGUGCACUUGAUGAAGGCCACUCUGGGUGGCAGAAGUGGGUGAAGGGCUUUAGCAAAUCGCUUAAACGCAAGGGAAAAUCGCUUUUCAUGCCUUUGCGGGUGUUGCUAAUGGGAAAGCUUCACGGUCCAGGCAUGGGGCCGAGCAUUCUUCUGCUCUAUAAAGCAGGAAAAUCCGGUGUAGCUGCUGCUGAAGUCGGGUUUAUUACCCUAGAUGAACGAUUCAACAUGCUGAGACAACUCGACUGGGACUCUUUAAACCAAGACCAGCCUCAGCCGGAGCCCGCUGCUUCCUUAUCGAGCUGAGAUUUUUAACAGUUUUGAUCGGCUACUCCUUAGCGAACCAUUUCCAUUCAUAGCGGUUUUAUUAUUUUGAUUGUGCAAUGAGUUCUGUUUGUUAAUCGAGUUUUAUCAGAUGUAAAUAACUUUUUCUUAUAUUUUUUUGGACACAUAUUAAUUAUUAUCUAAUAUAUAUUACCAUUUUUUUGUA